CUGAACGGACAUAUGAAAUGUUAGAAUCAACUGAUAACAUCAAUAGUGACAUAUGUGAAAGUACAAUGCCUGAAUAUUUUGAUGAUCCUCAUCUAAAUGAGAAAAGUAACCUACCCCAAGUCCAAGAAUCUGUGGCAGUGUUGGCUAAGAACGAUAUCGAAAAGGAAAGCGAUUUAGACUCAACUGAAAACAAUAAUGAUGAUGAUAAUGAGGAAGAAUUCUGUGACAUGUCUGAUCUUGCAUUCAUCACCAAAAUUGUCUUGAAGAAUCAAUCAUUUGAACCCUCAAAAAAUCAAAGAAGGGUUUCACCUUUUUCUAGUGAUGAUGAAUGUGAUAAUGGUAAUGAUGUUGUGUCCAGAGCAAGUCAGUUAUUAGGAAGAAGACUUGUUUCUUAUGACAGUGACACAGGUGAAUCAGAAGAAAGCUGUGACUCUGAAUCCUCAUCAUCCUCAUCCUCAACAACAUCAUCCUCUGAAAGUGACGAUGAAGACAAACCUAACCUUCGUAAGAUUAUUAUGGAUGCUGAAAAUGAAGAGGAUGAAGUAAACCAUGCUACUUUACCAAAGACAAAAGAUGAAAUACUGCCUCAGGAACUUCCAGUGGAACCUGAUAUUCAAGAUGAGCUUCCCAAGGAUGCAAGAUUAGAGCAAAUUGGGGAAAUACAGAGCUUUGUUGAACUAAUGGUUGUCAUCAAAGGAGUCAUAGAUGGUCCAGCUUUAGAUGUAGGUACAGUAUGUUUCAAAGAGGAUCGAAAGCCAUUUGGAAAGGUUUUUGACAUCUUUGGUCCAGUCAAAUGUCCAUUCUAUACUGUCAGACUUUCCAGUGAAGAAAAAUUUGCCAGUCUUGGUCUUGCUGUUGGUGAAACUGUGUAUUUCGCACCAAAUUACCUAACUUGUACCAAUUAUGUCUUCGUGGAGCAACUUAAGAAAAUGAAAGGCUCUGAUGCAUCAUGGCAGUUUGACCAAGAACCACCUCCAGAGUGCAUAGAUUAUUCUGACGACGAGCAAGAGGCCAAAGCAAAAUCAGCAGCUAGGAGAAAAAGAAAAGAAAGAAAAACAAGAACAGAAGAUGGCGACAAUCAAGCGGAUGGCGAAGAUAUUAAUAUGGAGAAAAGUCACGCAAAUGCAAACGGAAAAGUUCGAGGGAAAUUCAGCGACUCGGGAAAAGAAAGUUAUCGACAGACACCAGUGAAAAAUGAAUUUCAAGUUGGAAAUGCUAGAAGUAGCAACACUGGUAUUUCAUCCCAUGGCUUCCAUGAAACAGCUACGUCUUUUCAAAAUGAACCUGCCAUUAGCCCAGUUGGUAUUCGAGGGCACUUUACAAGACCGCCCUUUCCUGCUGGGAGCUUUCAAAGACCUGGCAACCAAGGGGGCUUGCCUCCAGUCAAUGGUAUGCCAAGAGAAGCGAUGCCAGGACUGACCAAUCAGGGAGCGGGGUUUCCACGGACAAGGUUCCAGGGUCAUAUACAAGGACAAGCACCUUUUGGAACAUGGUCUCCUAGAGGCUGGGUCCCUUCGGGUGAAUUCCAAAGGCCACCACCAGCCCAUCCUGACAUUAGACCUCAUUCGAUGAGACCUUGCAGUACAUUUCAAAAUGGCUCCAUCCGGCAAGGUUUCCGGUUCCCUCCCUCAAUGCCCCCUUUUGAUCCAAAUGUUCCACCGCCAAUGUUUCAUCACGCAAUGCCACCCUCUAGUAUUGCUGCAGACUCAUUUCCACCAAGACCCCCAAGAAAUAUCUUGCCAGAUCCACGUUUUGCUCCUGGAUUUCCUCCAUCAGGUUUUUUCCCAAACAAUCCACACUCACAAUGGAACACACCGAAGUGACAUUUGACAUUUUCUUUAUGUACAUAAUAAACGAUUAUUUCUUGAACAAUCCGUCGUUGAAGUUUCGUUUAAUUUCAUAUUAUUUGUACAGGAAAAUAUUUCAACCAAAAAAAUUAAAGCAAGAAGCUCCUAUAAGAUGCCUUCUGAAAAAGUUUCGGCACCUAAACUUGACCACAACUUUUAGGCUGCGCGUUUGUUGGCUUAAUAUUUUUAUUAUGUCGCAUUUUUAUUCAAAGAAGCUGAGCAUAGAUUUGAUAUUAUACUCUGUACAUAAGGAAAUCCGUCACCUUUGUCCAAAUUAUAGUUUGCACUGCUUUUAUUGGCAGCCAGUUGGCAUUUGCCACUUAGUUUUCGACACUUAAGUGACACUUAAGUUUUCCAUGUCGUUUGGUUUAGUUUAUAUUGAGUAAAACCUUAACUGUUUGCCUAAGGUAGGACACAAAGCUGAGCAAGUAAAAAUAUUUUACCCCCCCCCCC